GGUCACGUCGCUGCCAGCCUUUUUCUUCCUUCCAAGCGCCUGGUUGCUCUCAGCCCUGACCACAAUGAAGUCCACGUUCGCUGCUGUUGCCCUCUUCGUCGCUGCUGCCCUCGCGCAGUCGACCCUCACCAUCAACACCCCUGCCAACGUGGUAGAGUGUGAACCGACUCUCAUCACCUGGAGCGGUGGAACUCCCCCUUACUUCCUGAGCAUUCUACCUGGUGCUACUCCGAACGGUGCCGCCCUCGAGAACCUUGGCCAACAGAACAGCACUUCCGUCACCUGGGUUGCAAACAUUGCAGCUGGCACUUCGAUUGGCCUUACCCUCCGCGACAAUACUGGUCAGGUCGCCCAGUCCGCACCGUUCACCAUUAACAGUGGUUCUUCUACGUCCUGCUUGAACACCACCUCCCGUGAGUAGAAUUGGGUGAAUGGUAUUGCUUUUUUUUUGACUGUUGAAUUCAGUUGCGGCUGGUCCUACCGCUGCUACGAGUGCCGCUAGUGGCAGCAGUCCCACAACUACCUCCCCCAGCUCUUCCAAAGCCUCUAGGUGAGUGGGGACGAGCACUCGAUUGUUGAUGACGUCAUCUUACAUAUUCCAGCGCGAGCUGGUACAUCUGCUGGCACCGCCGCAACGUCAACAUCCACCACCAGCACUGGUGCGGCCAUGGCCAACGCUGCUAACUUGGGUGUUGCCGGUGUUAUUGGCGCCGCAGCGGUCGCCCUCUUGCUUUGAAAUGAGUACCGUGGUAUUAGUCAC